AUGAACUCAUUGAAUGUUCCCACUCAGCGAAAGCGGGCUUUGUCCGUCAACAAUGCAACGAACCGAGAGAAACAGGCGAUGAACGAUGCGUUGGACAACCUAGAAAGCGAUUUAGUUCUGAUCUCAUCUACAUGGAAUCGAAUAAUCACACCAGAAACCAAUCCUUUGGAGUUGGCUUUGGCCUUUCUUGAUGACACGUCUGUGGGUCUUGGACAUCGUCAUGAGGAGUUUAAGCGUUUGAGCUCUCAACUUGGCAAUGAUCUGCAGCAAGCCGUGAACGAGCAUUAUCAAGCAUUCAAUGCAAACAUUGCAUCUUAUGAACAAACUGUGGAGCUUAUCAGUGAGUCCCAGAAACUCGUGGGAGCUACGAAGGACAACGUCGUGGAUUCUAUUGCAAACUUUGGUGAUACGGAAACUCAGCUCGAAGAACUGAAUGAAAGCUCACAAAGGCUCAACAAAAUGCUCGAGGUUCUGGACGCCGUAGAACAAAUCAUAACGAUCCCGGACUCCGUGGACGAGCUUAUAAAACAAAAAUCUUACCUCCAGGCUAAAGAUACAUUGGUACGUGCGUUCUCUAUGGCCUCUCAAUACGACAUAUGGAAGAUUCCGGCACUACAAACAACGAAACAAUUGUUAGAAUCUCAAAAGCAUACGCUCUUCGAGACCUUGAUCGAGGACAUAAACGAUCUUGUGUAUUCCAAGAGACUGAGUUUGAGUCCACGCUACGAAGUGAAACCUCCCCAGCUAAAGGACGGUGUAUAUGAUAACAUGGAGACCUUUUUGGUUAAUAGCAUCGAUCUGGAUAUUGAGGAGCAAUCCAUGGCACUCAGUGCAGAGUUCAAUAGUUUCUUGGAUAAUUUGAAGGGCGCUUCGUCUAAGUCACAGAGCGAACUGAAGGGAUUCAGUUCUCAGGGAAGUGCUCAUGAAAGGCUCCAUGCAAUUCUGAUUCUGCUCAACGAUAUGGACGAGCUACACCCUGCUCUGCUCAGUAUCUCUGGGCGAGCCAAGGAAGAGAUUCACAAUAUUAUAAGUCAAGCUACCGAUACAGUGAGGUUGAAACAUCCUUCACUCAUCAAAUUUUCGGCAUCUCUGGAAGAUGAGGGCGAUUUUGGGUUUCCCGGCCAGGAGGUCGUGUCUCUUUUCCUGCAGAAUGUGUUUUGGGAGAUUUUUUCGAAGCUUUUGUCCGCAAUUCAAGGCCACAGGGUGAUCUACGAAGUAUCCAGGGCUUUACAGCCUUCAUCGGUAGUAGUAGAGCACUAUCGUCUGAAGGAAAUAUGGAACAAGGCCCUUGACGAAGUUCAUCAACUUCUAGUGAGCUAUACAAUGGACCCUAAGAUUCAGGGUCUUCCCAUGAACAAAUUAUCCAAAAGUCAAUCUACCCAUCAACAAAAUGGUUUGAAGAAACCGCUACUAUAUUCUAUUCAGAAUAAUUUGGACGAUAAAUCCUCCACAAGAAACCAUGCCAAUGACCUGAGAGAUCUACUAAAAGAAAUGUUCCCUGGAUUUUCGGCAGCAAGCAGUUUGGAACUCAAGUCCAUUUACCUCGAAGAAGAAGCUUUCGAGCUCGACGAAACGCUGGUGCCCGCCAGGGUCUUCAAUAUGGCUUUCAUCUUGGAGUCUCUUCUACUCUUCCUGGAAGGUAGCUCGAUUGCCAUUCCUUUGAAUCUUAUGAGCAGUACUGAAGCUCCAAUAUCCUUCUUUUCGCGCUUUAUGAAUAAUGAAUACCUCCCUCAACUAGACUUGACACUGACCUAUCUUUUCAAAAAAAAAGUGGAAGCAUUGAAUCCUUAUGCUCUUGAAAACCAAGCCGAGGGGCAACCCGUCUUCAAAGCGGCAGUAGUUUUCAAAGAUUUGUUUCAUCAAGUCCUACGCUUGCUGAAUACAUCUUACGGAUAUAACGCAAAAGUCGUUAAUGUUGUGCUGAAAUUGUUAGACCGCUUCUGCUCCUACUAUCAGCGACUAUUAGUCAAGCUGCUUGGAGGCUCUGCAAACCCAAUGCUUGACAAGAAAAUCAAUAGUGUUUGGGCUGAAAACACAAGAUUGAAAGAUCUCACAAACCAGAUUUUCAAGGGAGAAUUGACUUAUGCUCGAGAAGAAAGUGCUGAACUUCUGCGGGCGUGCCCUGAAUUUUACAGAGACGGUAAGAACUUGAAGAAACAAGACCUGUUCAAUAGUAUCACGGUAGAUACCAUGGCAUCGUUUUUAAGUACAGUUGGUGACAUCACCGAAUGGCUUCUUCAGCUGAGAAAAUUAUCGAAAGCUGCCGAGGCUGAUGAGAACGAAAUUGAACCGGGCACAAAUGCGCUGAGAAGCGAAUGGUCGCUUUUCGGAAUAUCAUUUGCCGAAAACGCUGUCAACUACAGAGGAGUGAAGCUUCUUUUGAACGACCAUGCUGCUGAGAGGUUCGACAACGCUUAUGAUAAGCUGAAAUCAAUCGAAUGCAGACUGUGGUCUUCCCUAAGAUACGACGCGAGGGCACGGUGUAUCUACUACGUCACAAAGUUUCUGCGCGAGUCUUCCUGGUGUCCAGCAACUGCAGGAGUUGACCUUGACGCCAGUAUUUCAGCACUCACCGCUGAACUCACGACCAUGGAAAGCCGGCUUCGCGAAUUGAUCACUCCGAGACAAAAGGAACUCAUUUUCGAAGGAAUCUAUGAGACAUUGAAUGAUGUUUUAAUCAUAGGAGCGCGUGGACUGGUGGCAUUGAAUCACAACGGCGUAAAGAAGAUGUCUAAAAACAUCAACAUAUUGCAGCACGCUUGUCGAAGCAUUUUUUCUUCCCCAGAAAAUGUCAGUAUGGCCCCAGCUCUCGAAUAUUACGCUCUGUGUGCUUCCUCUGAGUCAAUUGUAAUACAGCGGGCUAAUUCUGGAGACCUCAAGCAGUUUUCGCUCGAAGACAUCAAGAAUAUUCUACGGCUACAAUUGAGUGAGGAAUUGCAACGUCAAACAAAGCGUCAAUCGGGCAUGACAAGAGCACCUUCAAUGUCAGCAAACAAACGUCUCUCAGAUGCUUUCAGUCGGUUGCAAUUGGCCAAAAGACACGAAUGA